AUGCCGAGCUCGCGGCGGACCACGGGCCGCGGCGGCGCAGGCGGAGGCGGCGCGGGGGCGGGUGAUGCAGGAGGCGGCGGCGACGGCGACCGGGUGCCGCCGUUCAUGGGCAACAACCGCGACCGCAACCCGCGGGAGCUGCGCUCCUGGGCGCGCCGCACGGGGUUCCACCCCUCGGCCUUCUUCUCGGGGGAGUCCAACUCCUCCUUCGCCUCCUCCGCCGCCGCGCCGCAGCCCCCCCCGCCGCCGCCGCCUCCCCUGGCCGCCUCGCGCCGCCCGCCGCGCCCGCCGCCGGAGCGGGAGCGGGACCCGGACACGGAGGACGACCUCGAUCCCGCGCCGCCGCUGGACCUGGAGCGCGGGCCUGCGCCUGGCCGCGGACGCGGCGGCCGGGGCGGGCGCCCGCGCCGACGCAUCGACCUCCGCGGCGAACUCGAGAUCCCGCCGGGCUUCGGCCGCGAGGAGGCGGUGCCGAGGUCGGCGGAGCCGGACGCGGGGAGGGACUCCAGGAGGAGGAACGGCGGCGUCGAGAGGGAUCAGACGCCGGCCAAUGCGGGCCGGAACGGGAACGCAGCGGUCGCGGUCGCGGACGCGGAGGCGAGGAAGAAGGCCGAGGAGGCGGAGGCGAAGCGGAAGGCGGAGGAGGCCGAGGCGAGGAGGAAGAAGGAGGAGGAGGAGAGGGACGCCGAGCUGGCUGCGUACUACCAGGAACAGUGGGCGAACGAGGAUGAGGGGGCUGCCGACGCUGCCGCGGCCGAGACGGCCCCGCUGUAUGAGGCGUCGGGAGGACUCCGGUGCGGUGUAACCGAGAACCCCGGGUGGGCGCCCCUCAUAUUUUAUGGCAUACAACAUUACCUGUCAAUGGCUGGUUCACUUGUCUUUGUUCCUUUGAUACUGGUACCUGCAAUGGGUGGUUCUGAUGAGGAUACUGCAACAGUCAUCUCCACCAUGUUAUUAGUCUCCGGUCUUACUACAAUACUACAUACCUUUUUGGGUUCUCGGCUUCCAUUGAUUCAAGGAAGCUCCUUUGUAUAUUUGGCUCCGGCGUUGGUAAUUGCGAACUCUGAGGAGUUCAGAAAUCUUAGUGAUAAUAAAUUCAAGCACAUAAUGAGGGAGCUACAGGGGGCUAUACUUGUUGGUUCAGUAUUCCAGAUAAUAUUAGGAUACACUGGUCUUAUGUCACUGUUUCUGAGGUUAAUAAAUCCGGUAGUGGUGGCACCAACUAUUGCUGCAGUGGGUUUGGCAUUUUUUAGUUAUGGUUUCCCUCAGGCUGGCAGCUGUGUAGAAAUCAGCUUGCCCCUCAUUCUGUUGGUUCUUCUGUGCACUCUGUACAUGAGAAAAAUAUCCCUGUUUGGCAACCAUAUCUUCCUUGUCUAUGCGGUGCCCCUCAGUGUUGCAAUUGUAUGGGCAUAUGCAUUCUUCCUAACUGCUGGUGGAGCAUAUAACUUCAAAGGCUGCAGCUCAAAUAUACCCAGUUCAAACAUAUUAUUGGAUUCAUGCAGAAGGCAUUUAGAAACCAUGAGACGCUGUCGUACUGAUGUUUCUACUGCAUGGAAAACUGCUGCCUGGGUGAGGGUUCCCUAUCCAUUCCAAUGGGGCCCGCCAACAUUUCAUUUUAAGACGGGUAUCAUCAUGAUAAUAGUUUCACUGGUUGCUUCGGUUGAUUCGCUUUCAUCGUACCAUGCUGCAUCGCUGCUGGUAAAUUUAAGCGCACCAACACGGGGAGUUGUCAGCAGAGGAAUUGGGCUUGAAGGGAUUUCAACUUUUAUUGCUGGAGUGUGGGGUACAGCUACAGGAUCGACAACAUUAACAGAGAACAUACACACCCUUGAAACAACCAAAAUGGGCAGCAGGAGGGCUUUGCAGCUUGGGGCAGCCGUGUUAGUCAUCUUCUCCUUCUUUGGUAAAAUCGGAGCUCUCCUAGCCUCUAUACCUCUUGCCUUGGCCGCCUCUGUUCUAUGCUUCACCUGGGCACUAAUUAUUGCACUCGGCUUGUCCACAUUGCGAUACACCCAAGCAGCAAGCUCCAGGAACAUGAUAAUAGUUGGAUUUACACUAUUCAUUUCCCUGUCAAUCCCUGCAUACUUUCAACAGUAUGAACCCAGCUCCAACCUUAUCUUGCCAAGCUAUCUUCUUCCAUAUGCCGCAGCGUCAAGUGGACCAGUUCGCACAGUCAGCAGUGGGCUGAAUUAUGCAGUGAAUGCACUCCUAUCCAUCAACGUUGUGGUGGCUCUCCUUGUCGCGUUGAUCCUUGACAACACGGUGCCAGGCAGCAGACAGGAGCGUGGUGUGUACAUUUGGACAGAUCCCAAAUCCCUCGAGGUGGAUCCUGCGACAUUGGAACCCUACCGAUUGCCGGAAAAGAUUUCAUGCUGGUUCAAGUGGGCAAAGUGUAUCGGCAUUUAA